AUGCCCAGUGUUAUUCUCAAGCAGCUUUUCCAAGUCAACAAUACUCAAGCGCAGAUCGCAUCUCUCGCUUUACAUCAAGGCCAACAACACCAUCAGCCAAUGGACAUUUUCAGCCCCAUCAGGCCGGCCAUCGCUCCUGGUACGAUGGAUUCCAUCUAUCAUCUCAUCUACAUGUUCUACACCAUAGAGACGAAUGUUCUCCUCCUGCUAGGACUAUCUCCGGCCACGGCGUUCCGAAUGUUUCCUCCUCUGGAGCAAUUCCCUGCAGGCAGCGGGGCCAACUUCGUCAUCUUCAUGCAAUGCUCAUCGCUCUUCGCACUGCUUUUACGUCUCCUUGUUGAAUUAUUUGCUGAAUUAUUUCCGGCCCAGCAUCUGGACGAUAUCAAUGCUGGCUUGCUGACCGUGAUAUUUCGACACGCGGCAGGAAACAAUUCUGUGCUCAAGUCUCUUUUUAGGUUCAUCCGCAUGUGGCUGUUUAUGGCGAGCAUACACGUCAUGUGCUUCCAAUGUUAUCAGGAGCCGGAUAUACUCUUAUUCAUGGCCAAGGGGCAUGCACUGGUCGACCUUUUGUAA